UGCAACAAGUGAGACACUGAGCAGACUUGGAGCUUUCUAGCAACCAACCUACUUCUUGAAUUCAACAGAGCAAAAAAUACUGCAAGGAGCUUACAGCCGAAAACCUGACAUUUUAGGAAAAGGAGAAAACUAGCAGCUAAAAAAUAGCUUGACAGAUCAGUGGCUGAAGAAACCUUCAAUCAUCAAAAUGCAGGCUGCUCGUCAGUGUUCAGUGUGCGCCAGAUGUGCGGUUGGAGGACUUGUGAGAAAUCAGACGGACUUUUCUCAGCUGCAAAGACGAGGAGUAGCAUCCAUCCGCUUCCUCAGCAGCUCUGAGAGCAGAAGGUCUACCGUCCACAGACCUGCCGACCUGACAAAUCCCACAAAUGUGAGCUUGGCAUCUUUGAGUCUUGGCCAUGGACUUUGGCAAGUGGAAAAUCUCUCCCAUGACUCACUGAUCAGAAGAGCUGCCUCAGUGGUGACCGACAGCUCAAGCACCUUCCUGUCUCAGGCGACCCUGGCUCUCAGCGAUGCUCUGACUGACUACUCAAAAGCUGUACACUCACGCAUCGCCUUCCAAAAGCGAUAUUUGUCAUCUCUGGGGAAACUGAGUCCAGCAGAGGAGGGAUCUCUCCAGCAGUCCAUUAGCAGCUGGCGCGCUGAGGCUGCUGAGAGGCAGAGCGAAUGCAAACGCUACGAAACAACUUGGAACAGUGCUGUCAACCUGUGUAAAAUAGCAGCUGAUGCUGCAUACAGCUCUGGAGCCCAGCAGGCAUCCAUCUCCAUCAGGACUAACAUUAAGGUGGCCGAAUCGCAGUUGGAGGAGGCACGGAAGCUGUCGGCGGAGGCCGAGAAAAAACUGGCUGAGACUAAAGUGGAGGAGAUCGAGAGGAUGGCCGAGUACGCAGCUUUCCUGGAGGGCAGCGACGAGUAUGAGAUUCAAGAGGCGUAUUUACGAGAGGACUGAGACAGAAGAUGGUCAAAGUGCUGUGUUUGAUUGUAAAUAAACUGUAUGUUGCUGCAUUUACCCAUAGAAAAAGUUGAAGAGGAUGUUAAGCACUUAAAAAGGACUCACCAUUGCUUCAGAAACUAUUUAUUGAUUAAUGAAGGAAAACAGCAGCUGGAAAACAACAACAGUGUUUCAGUGGAAAUAUAACUUUUUCCAAAUCAUCAGAUCAUUACAAAAAGGGCAAAAAAAAACAUGUAUGUUUAACAUUUAUUGUUGUAUUUGUUAUAUUUUCAUGAGUUAAUGAAGUUGCUGGUAACUUCUAAAUAAAGUGAAUCAAAACUGUAA